AUGGAGCCCUGCUCGCCGCCAGAACCAGGGUUUACUGCAGAAAAUAGUUCAUCUGUGCCACAGCAUAAGUACCGUGUCCUGGUGGGUGUGACUGGAAGUGUGGCUGCCCUGAAGCUGCCUCUCCUCAUCGCCGAAUUGCUGAAAAUCCCAGGGCUCGAAGUGAAGGUGGUCACUACUGAGAGAGCAAAGCAUUUCUACAAUGUCCAAGAGAUUCCUGUCACCCUCUACAGUGACGAAGAUGAAUGGCAGCUGUGGAAAGGCCGUUCAGACCCGGUCCUGCACAUCGAGCUCAGGCGGUGGGCUGACCUCAUGUUGGUGGCACCUCUUGACGCAAACACGCUGGCAAAGCUCGCGAAUGGCAUCUGUGACAACCUGCUGACUUGUGUCAUCCGUGCUUGGGAUCUGAGCAAACCUCUGCUCUUCUGCCCAGCGAUGAACACGGCCAUGUGGGAACAUCCCAUCACAGCUCAGCAGGUGGAGCAGCUGAAGGGCUUUGGCUACACAGAGAUCCCCUGUGUGGUGAAGAAACUGGUGUGUGGAGAUGAAGGUCGAGGUGCCAUGGCAGAAGUGUGGACCAUUGUGGAGAGUGUGAAAAGGAUCCUUGAAGAACGGGACUUGCCAACGCAGAGCUGAUGGCUUGGUGCGUAAAUUGUAUUUGUUGCCUCCCUGAUGAUCUGAAGAUAAAACCAACAGGAAGCGGAGUCGAGACGGCAUGCAUACCUAGAGCGUGCCCUUCAACCGAAGGAGUGAAACGGUCGUCUUCCAGCUGGUGCCAGACUGAAAUGUGGUACAUCACUGCAGACUUUCAGAAACCAAAGCCAAGAACGUGCUGCUUUAGUGUGGGAAAACUUGGUGGUAUCUCGCAGAGGGGGAGUAACGUUCCACUGGGCCUCUCGGCCCCUGGUAUUUCACACGCUCCUUUCUGAGGAGGCUGCAGAAGGAAUUGCC